AUGCUCUAAAUUUAAAUAGGAGAUAUUAUAGACAAUCAAUAUGAAAUUAUUAAGAGACUGUCAUAAGGUUCAUUUGGAAUAGUUUUUUAUGGGAAAAGCAUAAAAACAAAUAAAGGUGUAGCAAUUAAGGUAGAGAAAAACGAAAUGGCAAGUUUUGGUACUUUAGUGCGUGAAGUAACACAUCAUAUAACUCAAGAUCGAAAUGUUGAGUAAAUUAAAGGGAGUUCCUUCAAUACCUGAAUUACUAUGGCACGGAGAGUAUAAGAAAUGUAACAUUAUGAUAAUAAAAAUGCUGGGCAACGAUCUUAUUUAUUAUCAGAAAUAAUAUAUUCAAUUUUCAUCAUAGUGUAUAAAUAGCAUAGCUUACUAAUUAUUGUGGAUUUUGGAAUAGAUGCAUAAAAAGUAUAAUUAACUGGUUUAUAUUAGGAAUAUAAUUCAUAGAGACAUCAAACCAGAAAAUAUUUUGAGUAAAAAUGGAUCAGAUAAGAUUUAUUUAAUUGAUUUUGGAAUUUCAAAAGAAACAGAUUCAAAUUUAAUACAUAAAAAGAAAUAAUUUUCAUUUAUAGGCACAAGUAGAUAUGCCAGUAUUGCAGCUCAUCAAGGUAUAGAAUAAACAGCCAAAGAUGAUCUAGAAUCACUUGGUUAUGUAUUGAUCUAUUUAACUACAUAACGUUUACCUUGGAUGAACAUAGAAAAAACAGAUGUUCAAAGAUUAGAGAAAAUUGGCAAGUUAAAAGAAAAUGUUAUAGUGGAUGAUUUAUGUUGUGGAUGUCCCAAUUCAAUUUUUAAGUACAAUCAUAAAUUUAAUUUAGAUAUAUGAAAUAUGUUAAGGAACUUAAGCCAAAUUCUAAACCUAAAUAUGCAUUGUUGAGAGGAUUAUUCCUGUCUAAGUUACAAAAUACAGUUGAAUUAGGAUUGGAUUGGACUAAUUAAGUAAUUAAAUUAGAAAAUAAAAAAAAUCAUAAAAAAUAAAGGAAUUCAUGUAAUGUUAAUUUUUAAAGUUGUGUAACAAUAAGAAAGUAAAUAAUGAUUAUGAUAUGUUAGACCAUAUGUUGGUGGAACCUAAACUAAUUUAAAUGUUAAAACUGUUGCAGUUUAAGAUGAAUAAAUGAUAUCAUCAGAUAAUGGAACUAGUUAAAUGUAAUUUAGUAUUGUGGAGACAUAAGGAAGUAAAAAUAGUGUUAAAGUUGGAUUUUCAACAUCUGAUAAUCUUGAUUGUUUAGCUAUUCAAUAAAAUAAUAAUAUGGCGCGUGUUUCUACAUUUGAAGGCAUUGCUGAAGCAAAUCCUCUCUUGCCUUAAAAUUUAGAGUAAUAAUUAAUGGAAAAAGAAAACUAAGAUUUAGAAAUUAAAUAUAAUCUACUUCACUUUACAUCAGUAUAUUUUAAUUUUAAGAAUCCUAUUCAACAACAUACCAUCAAAUAAAAUUAUUAAGUUAAUGUGAUCAAAUCUAUUAAUUGA